GGGCUGCAACAAAAAUGUUGCGUUACAUCUUCCCGUAACAGCUAUCUUAUUGAAAACUCGCUGGCUUGAUUUUGUAGCUUGCUGUCAUAAACAUAACGGGGAAUCUCUUUUCGGGAUUUGUAGCUAAUAAUAUCAAUUUACAGGGGCUAAUCUUGAAGUUUAUUCCGUAAAGUUAACUGUAAUAUUAUUUGUUAACUAUAGCAUAAAUGCACAGGCUGCUCCCAUAUAUUUCUUUCGUGCUGCUCUUCUGUUGAAAAUAUUAAAAUGUAACGUUGCACAUACGACUUCAGAUUUAUAUCCCGAGUAUGGUUUUGUAUUGAGAGAAUAGGUCUGAUGUUUGAUCGGUUGUUGGAGACACCUCUACCAAUGUAGCUGAAAUGGAAUGAGAUCACUUUUGUGCAACCUUUGGUCUUGCUUAGUCCCUUCCUGCUUAUGCUGGAUUUAGCCUGUUAUUUAUAGCUGGCUAACGUUUACUGGGUAGCAUAACAUGGUAAUAUGUUUUUCCGUGCCGUGAAAGAAAACCGUGUUAAAUGUAACAAUAAUGUAACUACAUUGUAUGAUUCCGCAUUUCCAAUCUUGGACAGAGGGCAACGACAGUGCCAGCAGCGUUUAACGUGCGACAUUAAAGGGGCAGUUCGCAUAUGAGCAUAAGUGACCCAUUAUGUGACUACUAUCUAACAUCGCUGAACAAGCUGUUUUGAAGUUACUUUAAGUAUAACUUCUCAGAAAUGUUUGCAAGUAUCAAAAAUAUCCUUCAGUGCACACAAAAACCAUCUGUGCCAAUCAGAAACAUACACCAAUCAGAAACAUUCACUAUACCUGUAAUAAUAUCAGAACUCCAGAAAGUGAACUGUUUCUUUAAAAAUAAUUAACUGUGUAGAUUUGACUGCCUGCAGCCAAGUGUGUGUAAGUGUGUGUGUGUGUGUCAGAGAGAGAGAGAGAGAGCAUUUCUAUAUUUACAGUAAUUAUUCUACUGUAAUUAGUACUUUCACCAUUUUUUAUAAAUAGAACAGAAGACAGGGAAAUGCAACGUAUAACCCCGCUGGAAAAGUGAUUUAAUUGAAGUUUAUGCUAGUUCAUGUGCGGCAGUUUGCAGUAGCCUGCUAGUGUUGCGCAUGAUGAAUAUAUGCACUGCUGAUGUCAGGCCUUGUAGUCCUGAUCGGUUCCCGGGAUUGGGCGAGCCCCACUGCGCCAUGGAGUUCCCAGAACUUGGAGAGCACUGCUCGGAGAAGUCCUGCAAGCACCUGGAUUUUCUUCCGAUGAAAUGCGACGCCUGCGAAGAAAUAUUCUGCAAAGACCACAUCACUUACGCGAACCACAGGUGCACUUCGUCUUAUAAGAAGGAUGUUCAGGUUCCUGUCUGUCCCCUGUGUAACACCCCCAUCCCCAUCAAGAGAGGGGAGAUGCCGGACAUCAAGGUCGGGGAGCACAUAGACCGAGACUGCCGGUCUGAUCCAGCGCAGAGGAAGAGGAAGAUCUUCACAAAUAAAUGUUCCAAGGGGGGCUGCAAGCAGAAAGAAAUGAUCAGAGUGACGUGUGACCAGUGCCAUCUGAACUUCUGUUUGAAGCAUCGACACCCAUUGGACCAUGACUGUAAGACAGGUGGUCAACCUGUCUCCAAAUCAGGGUAG